UCAGUUGUAUCUGUGCACAGGUAGGUCUCGUGGUUGGCAUGUAUCGAUGCUUUAUCUGACCCCUUCGGAUUUCGAGUUAAAUUUAUAACGGUUUACCCCCAGGUAUUAUAAUGGCAGUCGGCGGUCAGAAAAAAGUUACAAAAGGAGGAAAGAAGGGCGGGAAGAAGAAACGUCCGACCCAUUCACCAAAAAGGAGUGGUAUGACAUUAAGGCUCCAGCUAUGUUUUCCAAGAGAACUUGUGCACGAACACUGGUGACACGAACUCAAGGCACACGUAUAGCCAGUGAAGCACUCAAAGGUCGUGUAGUUACACUUAGUCUCGGAGAUCUCAGCGAGAAGAAUGAAGAAUUCUUCCGCAAAUUUAAACUUCAGGUUGAAGAUGUCCAGGGACGUCACUGCCUAACCAAUUUUCAUGGACUGGAACUUACUCGAGACAAGUUGUGUUCAGUUGUUGUCAAGUGGCGUUCAACCAUCGAAGCGCAUGUUGAUGUAAAGACAACAGACGGAUACUUACUCCGUUUCUUCAUAAUCACGUUCACUCCAAGUGUUCCUCGGUCCGAAAGACUCCAUUCUUACGCACAGAGCACACGUAUUAAACGAAUACGUGCGCGUCUUGUCGACAUUAUUCAACAGGAAGUUUCUACCUGCGACUUGAAAGAGGUCGUCAAUAAGCUUAUUCCAGACUCCAUUGCACAGGAUGCUCGAAAGGCUGCAUCGUGGAUUUAUCCACUUAGUGAAACAUUUAUUCGCAAGGUUAAGGUGCUAAAAAAACCGAAAGCUGAUCUUGCCCGGUUGAUGGAACUUCAUGGCGAGUCAAAGUCAGCCGCUCCUGGGGAAACUGUUUCUCGCCCAGAUCACUAUGAACCUCCAAAAGUUGAUUCAGUGUAAUUCAAUAUAAAAUUCACCUGGAUAUUAUUGUCUUUCCCAAUUAUUAGCAACUGGAUGUAUGUUGGUGUGAUCAUUCCAAUGAUAACUCGUCCUAUUUACUGUUUCUACUUGAUUGGGUUAUAUACCGUGCUUUUGAUUCCCAUGUUAGCACCCACACGUAGUAAUUGUAACAUCGUUGAUUAAGUAAUCGAUUGCCGGUUGGUUCCGCAAUUACGCAGUAGCUGCUCUCUGUUUUGUGGGAAACGUGUUUUUCAAGAACACCAUAUUUAGUAUUAAUAAACUUCCAUGUAGGUAAGAUGAGGUUCAGGGGUCAGUCACGCUACAGUUCUUGAAAUCUUGGCAAUCUCACUUUCCAACUCAGUUCUCUUGGUCACAAUUCUUGGUAGUUUCGUACUUUUUUUAGACAUUUCUUAAGUCACUAAGCUUCAC